GAGAUCCCAGCAGUCCUGGGCACUGAGAGACAGCGGUGAGCAUGAGUGACUUCCAGGAUGUGGACGCGCAGCAGCUGGGUCCCCUGGACGAGGAAGAGCUGACAGCCAGCGGCGCCAAGUAUUCCUUUCAACGCUUUGGAUUCCGACCCACGGGCGGCCUCAAGAGCACUGCAGGGUUUCUGGGCCGUGGCCACAUCCCCCUGGUGCUGAAGCUGCUGUGCCUCAUGCUCCUGGCCGGGAUCCUGAUGGCCGUCCUUGUCAAAGUCUCCAAGCUCUCCCACUUCUAUGAGCAGAAGAGAUCGAAGCAGGAGGACAUCUACCAAGAGCUAACCCAGGCGGAGGCUGAACUGGACCGCCUGUGCCGCCCCUGCCCCUGGGACUGGACGUUCUUCCAAGGACACUGUUACUUCUUUUCCAAGUCCCAGCGGAACUGGAAUGACUCUGUCACCGCCUGCCAGGAAGUGGGAGCCCACCUAGUCAUCAUCAAAAGUGCUGAGGAGCAGAACUUCUUGCAGUUGACUUCUAAGAAUAAAGGCAGCACUUGGAUGGGACUGUCAGACCUGAAUAAGGAAGGCACGUGGCUCUGGGUGGAUGGGUCGCCUCUGUUUUUCAGAUUCAUGAAGUUUUGGAACGAAGGGGAGCCCAACAAUCACGGGGAGGAAGACUGCGUGGAGUUCAGAGGGGACGGCUGGAAUGACAGCAGAUGUGACCUUGAGAAAUCCUGGGUCUGCAAGAAGUCUGCAGGCUCCUGUUCCCACAAGUGAAGGCGGGUCUCUCCCCAGGCUCCACCACGGCCCCGUCCACCCUCCUGAUCCCGCGAGUUCCUCCGCAGGCCUGUGGGCAUCGAGAGCUGAGCAAGACUCUGAGGCUCUUCUGUCACAUUCCUCCUCUCCCAGGGGACUGACUGGGCAUGGUGCUGCUUCCUCCUUUGCCUCUGGGUUCCCCUUGGCUUUGAGGUUGUGGUUGAGAAUCUAUUUUCUGUUCUAACGUAGCAGCUGCUGGCCGCUCAAGAGCGAAUAUCCAGGAGAUGAGGGUUGAUAGGAAGGAAUCAGGUUUACUCCUCAUCUGGCACCUUGGAAGAGGGAGGGGGCCACUGUCCUCAAAGCACUGACC